AUGAACAAAAAUUCAAAUAGUUUCAGUCAGCUGACUUGGUGUUCAAACUAUCUAUAUAGUAAUCAUUGGAGAACAAAUACUCCUACAAAGGUCACCUAUUGUGAGAUUGAUAAUGGAUUCCAAAUGACAAGAAACUAUAACAAAAAUGCAACUACUUUGGCUCAACAAAUCGUACAAUUAUGUUUAUUUUUAAUCUUUGUUUGGAUAAUGGUUUAA